AUGUAUUCUCGAUUGUCCGUGUUCGGCUGUGUUGCAGGAGGAGCUCUGGCGCUCGCAUCUCCUGUCAUCAAACACAUCUGUGCUGAAAUACAGAUUCCUGUCAGCGUUUCCGUUCCGCGGUUCAUCAUUAAUACAACAGUAAAUGACAACUGGGACGCCGUUGAUCUUACCUUCAACCUUACGCGACAAGAUCCUCCAACCCUCAUCGCGGGAUCGACCCCGGUCCCAGUCAACAGCACGUACAACAUUGGUGCUACGUUGUGUGGAAACGGGGGACCAACACUCGUGCUCACACAUGGUAUCGUAGAGUCGAAAGGGUACUGGCGUCCCAACCUGGAUAAUGCAUCGCAGUAUAGCCUAGUUGAUGCGGCCAUCGCGGCAGGAUACUCGGUCCUGAGCUACGACCGGAUCGGGGUCGGGUCAUCUUCCAAGGUCGAUCCGUACGCGGACGCCCAGUUCCAGGUAGAGAUCGCCGUGCUGAACUCGCUCGUAAACUACGCCCGCACGACCGGUAACGCGUCCAAGGUCGCGCUCGUGGGCCACAGCUACGGCUCGUACAUAUCGGCAGCCUCGGCCAGCGAGGCCGGCGUCGACGUCGACGCCGUUAUCCUGACGGGCUUCAGCGGCGGCUUCGACUACUUCGCUCCCUUCCUAGCGGGCGCCGGCUUCCGCGUGGCCCGGACUCGAGACCCGAAGCGCUGGGGCGCGCUGGGCUCGGCGUACCUCACCGUCUCGGACCUCUAUGCCGCGACCUACGGCUACUUCGCGGGCGCCUUCGAGCACCGCGUUGCCGAGUGGAGCUAUGCCGUGGAUGGGGAGCCGUUUGCUGUGGGCGAGCUGUUGUCGCUGCUUGCGGUGCCUGUCUAUUACGGGAAUAUCACGGCUCCCGUGUUCCUGUUGCAGGGGCGGUAUGACCUGUCUGCUUGCGGCGGCAACUGCGUUGGUGCUUUGGAUGAGGUCACGGCGAAAUUCACCUCCGCUCGGGGAGUCAAGAUUGUGGAUGAUUUACCUGCCGGACAUAAUCUGAACCUUCACACCAUUGCUCCUAAAGCAUUUGGUCUGAUAUUUGAGUUUCUGCAGGAGUACGGUAUAUGAAGAGUAAAUUCUCGCGCCGCGAUAAGUUCAUGAUCCAGGUUUUGUUAGAGGCGGCACUUGACCAUCGUUUGGACUAAUGAACUUGACUUCAAAUGUCGAAGGUUGGCGCGGUCGCUGACAAUUCACGAUCUUCAUGUUUUAUCUCAACCAAAGGAAGAGAUCAUACCUUCCCAUCUACCCUCGUCGAACUCUAUACCUCUUGGCUUGUUUAGAAACAAUUUGAGCGGACUUUAAUCUAAUUCAAUUCAACGGCGGGCUUUAAAUAUGUCAACUAGAUAAUGAUAGAGUUAGACCUAAAUAACGUAAUUAUCUCUACGCUCUGGUAACAUAAUGUAGCUAUAUAGUAUUGAAAGAUUUGUAUUUCACUG